UAAAAAAGUCUAGCUCAUUUUAAAAGCUUGGUCAAAGAAAAGUGGAGAAUAACGAAAUCCAGGGCCGUGCUAUAUUACGCCAUAAUCGCGCACUUCACUUGUCAGAUCCAAAAAUGAGUUCCGUAGUCCAGCGUGUUGCUUCAGCCAGUGUAGAGGUGGAAGGGCGUAUUAUAUCAGCAAUCGGGCCGGGCUUGCUGGUUCUCGUGGGCCUUCAUGAAUCAGAUUCUGACUCCGAUGCUGACUACAUAUGCCGGAAAGUGUUAAAUAUGAGACUGUUCCCAAAUAAGGAAACUGGAAAGACAUGGGAUCACAGUGUAGUUCAGAAGAAUUAUGAAGUUCUAUUAGUGAGUCAGUUUACACUCUAUGGGAUUAUGAAGGGAAACAAGCCGGAUUUUCACGUUGCAAUGCCUCCUGAGAAAGCGAAACCCUUCUAUGCCUCUUUGGUUGAGAAAUUUCAGAAAGCUUACAAACAGAAUGCAGUCAAAGAUGGUGUCUUUGGAGCAAUGAUGAAGGUCAGCUUGGUCAAUGAUGGUCCUGUAACUAUGAAUCUCGACUCAGCACAACCGUCAAAAGGAGACUGAAGCAAUUGAAGUGAUCCCUAAGCGCUUC